CUAUUUGGUGUUCUAAUUUGUUAGAUUGGAGUUAUAGGUUGGAUAUUUUAGAUCCAUUUGUUGUUGGGUAUUUCUUAGUUUCAGUUGAAGAAACAAGAGCUGAAUUAUCUUUUCUAUAUAUAUAGUGGUCUCUUUUUAUGAGAUUUGGUUUUGCUUAGAAUUUGGUUCAAAAGUAGGAGGUGAAAGAUUGUUGUUUGAUGUUUUCCUGUUUUUGCUUUGAUUCUUGGGAAAAGGUGAUGGUAAAUCUGGGAAUUUUUUGAUCAGAUUGUUGGUGGUUUUUUUUCUUAGAUCUCGAUAUCAAUCUCUUGUUGAAGCAUUAGAGUGGUGGGGUUGUAGUGGGUAUUUGGAACUGCAGUUAUCAGUAAUGGAGCAACUAACAGUUCUUGGUAAUGGGUCUUCUGCUAAUUUGGCUAAAGAAGGGAAAAUAGAAGAUGAUGAAGAAGAGUUUCGCAGCUGUUGUGAAGAUGAGGAGGAAUUGAUAGAGAGAGAAGAAUUAACUAAGGAAGGUCCAAAAGAUGAGCUGGACGAAUUUUCUGCAAAUAUAUUCUUUAAGGGUGUAUCCAUAGCUGAACCUGGUCUCUCUGGAAUUGGGGUGAUUAUGGAAAGAUCCACUAUUUCUCCUGUUAUUCAAGUGCAGAAAAAGCUUGAUUUCUAUGUGGAGGAAUGUGUGGCUGAUUAUUUUGCUUUGAUGGAUGGCCUGUUAGAGGCUCAGCAGAAUAAUGUUAGGCGAGUAUUCGCUUUUACCAACUCUGAGAUCUUAUAUGAUCAGAUAACACUUGAGGAGAGACUUGAUAGUCCGCUUCUCAUGGCAUUGAGGCAAAGGGUCCUAGAACAUGCCAGUGCUUUGGAAGCCUUUGUUCUGAAAUUUGUCCCCAAUAUCAAUGUUGAGAGGGCAUUGCAGUUGGCCCAAGUGGCAGUUGGGAUUGUCUCUCCUUCUGCCAAGAGUAGUGAAUCAGUUGAAACCUGUUCAAUCUGUUGCGAGGAGAAGCCAAUUUCAAUGAUGAUCACAAUUAAAUGUUCCCACAAGUUCUGUUCCCAUUGUCUGAAAACAUAUGUCGAUGGGAAAGUACAGUCCUCUCAAGUGCCCACUAGAUGCCCUCAGUUGAGAUGCAAGUACUAUAUUUCCACCACAGAGUGCAAGUCUUUUCUGCCAGUUAUCUCUUAUGAAUCAUUGGAGAGAGCCCUUGCAGAGGCGAAUGUUCUCGACUCGGAUAAAAUGUACUGUCCCUUUCCUAAUUGUUCAGUUCUGCUUGAUCCACGUCAAUGCUUGUCCACCAGGGCAAGCUCAUCAAUUCAUUCAGACAAUAGUUGUGUGGAGUGCCCAGUUUGCCAAAGAUUCAUCUGCGUGGAAUGUGAGGUCCCUUGGCAUUCUUCGAUGAGCUGUGAAGAGUAUCAAAACCUCCCAUUGGACGAGAGAGAUGCUGGCAACAUGACUUUGCAUCGGCUGGCACAAAAUAAAAGAUGGAAGCGUUGCCAACUGUGCCGGAGGAUGAUUGAGCUUACCCAUGGUUGCUACCGCAUGACCUGCGGGUGUGGGCACAAAUUUUGUUAUUCCUGUGGUGCAGAGUACAGGGAUGGCGAACAAACUUGUCAAUGUACAUUCUGGGAUGAAGAAUAUUCCCAAGAUUUGGUCAGUCAACCUACCCAACAAUACGAACAAUGGGCUUGGGACUCCUUUGACUUGCUCCCCAUGAUGAUGGAUGCCUACUCAGACCAAGAGAGAUCACAACUGGCAUUGAUCCAGAGGUUUCUUGCUGGGGGUUUCGGUCUGAGUGACCACUAUCCUUGCCAAUCCCCGCCCCGAUGUACAGACUCUUAUGUGGAUGCAAUGAAGGAUCUCCAUCAACUUCCCUGGCUUGAAAGGUUUGUCUCUCUGAUAAAUGAUGAUUACUAUGAAGAUUAUAUCCAGUGAAGCAAACACUGAAAUGAAUUAGGAACGAAGCUGAUUAGCUUCCCAGAAAAUGUUUGAUAUGGGGACGUGAAGAGUCUCUCGCUCUCCCGAUCCAUUUUCAACUUUAGCCAGGUAACAAAAUAGGCAAUUGUCUUACCUAGUUCUUAUUAAUCACAGUGCUGAAGGACUUGUGAGCCUGAAUUUCCUCGAGGGCUAGGAAAUCAUGCAUGAUAAUUGCUUUCUUCUUGAAAGAAAAGAGGAAUGCAAACGAGAAACACAAAAAAAUAUGUAUAUGCUAGAGAUUCAAGUCA